AUGGGGCUAAGACUUGCCAGCCUUUUUGCACUGUGGCUGGCUCUUUCCUGUGCGAACGAAAUUAAAAAAGAAAGCAGAACCCAAAACCAUGGCCACUAUGUCUGCAGUACCUGGGGGAACAAUCAUUUCAAAACUUUUGAUGGAGACUUCUACCAGUUCCCUGGCCUCUGUGAUUACAACUUUGCUUCUGACUGCCGAGGGUCUUACCAGGAAUUCUCAGUCCAUGUCCAGCGUGCUGUGAAUGAAAAUGGACACCCUGAAAUGCAAUAUGUCCUGAUCACCAUAAAGGAUGUUGCAAUGUACCUCACCCGAAAUACGGUUGUGGUGGAUCAGGAAAUUGUAACAACACCAUACUAUAGUUCUGGUUUGCUGAUUGAGAGCAAUGAAGUCUACACUAAAGUCUAUGCAAGAGCGGGCCUUGUUCUAAUGUGGAACCGUGAAGAUUCACUGAUGUUGGAGCUGGAUCCCAAGUUUAACAACAAUACAUGUGGUCUUUGUGGGGAUUACAAUGGACAGCAGCUCUACAAUGAAUUUCUCUCUAACGACAUGAUCUUCAAUCCCAUCACAUUUGGAAAUAUGCAAAAGAUAAACAAACCCAACACAUUAUGUGAGGACCCUGAUGAAACACAGACUGUCUCAACCUGUAAUCAGCAUCGUGAUGAGUGUCUGAAUCUGCUGACUUCUUCAGUAUUCGCUGACUGUGAGUUCCGUCUGAACCUGGAGAAGUACGUUCAAGCCUGUAUGCAGGAUAAGUGUGCCUGCCAGGGAGCCGAGGAUUCCUUCUGCCUCUGUAGCACCAUCUCUGAGUACUCUCGCCAAUGUUCCCAUGCUGGUGGCCGGCCUGGAAGCUGGAGGACAGAAGAAUUUUGCCCUAAGAGGUGCCCUGGAAACAUGAUCUACCUGGAAAGCAGCUCACCAUGCAUUAGCACAUGUUCCCAUUUGGAGAUCAGCAACCUUUGUGAGGAACACUUCAUGGAUGGCUGCUUCUGCCCUGAAGGAACUGUGUAUGAUGACAUCAGUGGGAAAGGCUGUGUGUCUGUCAACCAAUGUCACUGCAAACAGCAUGGAUUUCUGUAUUCACCUGGGCAAAAUAUCACCAAUGAAUGUGAAGAAUGCACCUGUGAUUCAGGCAGGUGGGUGUGCAAGCAGUUAUCCUGUCCAGGCUCAUGCUUAGUGGAAGGAGGUGCUCACAUCACCACCUUUGACGGGAAGAAAUACACCUUCCAUGGAGACUGUUACUAUGUGCUGUCCAAGGAAAGUAUAAAUGACACUCACGCCCUCCUGGCAGAGCUGUCUCCCUGUGGCUCCACAGACAAACAGACCUGUUUGAAGACUGUUGUGCUGUUAAUAGACCACAAGAAAAAUAUCUUGGUUUUCAGAUCAGACGGCACUGUGCUGCUGAAUGAACUGGAAGUGCACUUGCCCCAUGUGACAGCAAGCUUCUCAAUUUUCCAGCCAACUUCAUACCAUCUCAUUGUGCAUACCUAUUUUGGUCUCAAGCUACAAAUCCAAUUGGUUCCAAUCAUGCAGCUGUUUGUGAUUGUGGAUCAAUCUGCCCAAGGAAAACUGCAAGGUCUUUGUGGGAAUUUCAAUGGCAUAGAAUGUGAUGAUUUUAAAACAGCUGGUGGGCUGGUAGAAGCUACAGGAUCUGCCUUUGCUAACACUUGGAAAGCACAAGCCACCUGUAAAGACCAAGUGGAUAAUUUGGAAGACCCUUGUGUUCUCAGCUUUGAAAGCGAAAAUUAUGCUGAAUAUUGGUGUUCCUUUCUGAAAAAUUCAGAAUCUCCUUUUGCCAGAUGUCACUCAGUCAUUGAUCCUGUGGAAUAUUAUAAGAGAUGUAAAUAUGACACCUGCAGCUGUAAGAACAGUGAAGAAUGCUUGUGUGGGGCCCUAUCCUCUUACGCAAGGGCCUGUGCCUUCAAAGGAAUCAUGCUCGGGGGCUGGAGACAAACUAUCUGCAACAAAGAAGUGUCCUCUUGCCCAGCAUCCCAGGUCUUUCGUUACAAUCUGACCACAUGUCAACAUACCUGUCGCUCCCUUGCUGAUGGCGAAAAGCACUGCUUGGAGGGCUUCAUUCCCAUUGAUGGCUGUGGCUGCCCUGAUAACACCUAUAUGAAUGAGAAGGGUAACUGUGUGCCCAUCUCCCAUUGUACAUGCUACUAUAAAGGGUCAUACCUGGAACCUGGGGAUGUCAUUGUGAAACAAGAAGAACGCUGUGUUUGCCGAAAUGCAGUUCUCCAUUGCACUCAAGUGAAGAUAAUAAAUGACAAGUGUCCAUCCCCCAAGAUUCACUUUGAUUGCAGCAGCGUCAAGUCUUGGUCUUCACAAACCCCUCUGCAGCUAAGCUGUCAUACACUGGAUACUGACUAUGUACGUUUUCAUUUUACCUCUGAUUAUGGCAUGGCUUCUUCUUUCCCCUAAGGGGGCUGUGUCAAGGAGAAGGACUGUCCAUGUAUUCAUAACAAGGAGUUUUAUUCUCCUGGAGAGGACGUAAAAGUGGGCUGCAACAAAUGUACCUGCCAAAAAGGAAGAUGGACCUGCACCAAUCAUGUGUGCUAUGGGACUUGUACUGUAUAUGGAAGUGGCCAUUAUAUCAGCUUUGAUGGAAAAUACUAUGACUUUGAUGGACACUGUGAAUAUGUGGCUGCCCAGGAUUAUUGUGGCGAGGAUCCCAGAGGUUCGCUUAGUAUUGUCACAGUGAAUGUUCCAUGUGGAACCACCGGAGUCACUUGCUCAAAGGCUAUUAAAAUAUUUCUAGGGAAAACCGAACUGAAGUUGGAGGAGAAGCAGUAUGUAGAAAUUCAGCGAGAUGUUGGCGAACAUGUACGAUAUUGGAAUCGUACAGUGGGGCUCUAUCUUGUUAUUGAGGCCAGCAAUGGUGUGAUGCUCAUCUGGGAUAAGAAGACUACUAUUUUCAUAAAGCUGACUCCUAAUUAUAAGGGCAAAAUCUGUGGUUUGUGUGGCAACUUUGAUGACAAGUCCAACAAUGACUUCACAACAAGGAGCGGGCUGCUGGUGACCAAUCCUCUGGAGUUUGGUAAUUCUUGGAAACUGUCUGGCUCCUGCCCUGAUGUGGUGGAAGAGGUCCUGCCCUGCAAUCUGAAACCUCACCGCAAGUCCUGGGCAGAGAAGGAGUGCAGCAUCAUCCGGAGUGAAGUCUUUAAAGUUUGUCAUGCCAAGGUGGACCCAGCUCCGUUCUAUGACAAUUGUGUUCAUGAUGCCUGCUCCUGUGACAGUGGUGGAGACUGUGAGUGCUUCUGUUCCGCAGUUGCUGCUUAUGCCCAAGAGUGCAUUAAGGCUGAAGCUUGUGUCUUCUGGAGAACUCCUGAUAUAUGCCCAAUAUUCUGUGAUUACUACAACCCUCGUAAUGAGUGCGAAUGGCACUACGAGCCUUGUGGCCGUCAAAUUCUGACCUGCAGGAUCAUUAACAAUGUCAGCACCAACUUCUCAUUGCCAUAUCUGGAAGGUUGCUACCCAAGAUGCCCUGAAGAAAAGCCCAUUUUUGAUGAAGACCUCAGAAAAUGUGUACCUGAAGAUCAAUGUGGCUGUUAUAUUGAAAAUGGCACUCGUUAUGAAAAUGGCUCAAAAAUACCCACAGAAGUCCCUUGUCUGGAUUGCACACGCUUAACUGCUGUUGUGAACAGACCAUGCUGUCGUGUUCUCCUGAAUGAAGGCUGUAAUAUUACAGAUUACCUGCAAGAACCUCGGUGUGAAUUAGCCCUUCUCCAUAUAAAUGCUGAUUUACCCCAGAUGAAGAUCUUGCCUUACAAAGAUAUGUCUGCAUCUCAACAGGAAAUAUUGUGUGCAAACCUGUCCCAGAAGAACAACUUCACAAAGAAGCUCUUUCUUGCAGGCUGUACCACAACCAUCACACCCACCACCACACCCACCACCACACCCACCACCACAGCAACGACUACCCCAGUGACAACGACACCUACCACUACUACACCGACUACCACCCCACCACCAUGUAUACCUGGAACUUCAUACUGUUCGUGGUCUGACUGGAUUGAUGUGAGUUACCCAAAAUAUGGCCCAGAUGGUGGUGAUAAUGAAACCUAUGCCAAAAUCAGAGCAUGGAAUGCCUCAGCGAUAUGUGAGAAUCCACUAAAUAUUUCAUGCAGAGCUCAGAAAUUCCCUGAUGUUAUUGAAGAUUUAGGACAAAAAGUGCAAUGUGAUGUUUCCACUGGGCUUACCUGUAAUAAUAAAGACCAAGUCCUAGGGGGCAUGAUUCCUAUGUGCCUCAAUUAUCAGAUCCGUGUUUACUGCUGCUCACCGCCUUACCCCAUAUGUUCAACUACCACUCAAACGAUGACACCUACCACCACCACCACCACAGCAACGACUACUCCAGUAACGAGUACCCCACCGACGACGACACCUACCACCACCACCACCAAAACAACUACCCCAGAGACGACGACACCUACCACCACCACAGGAACGACGACACCUACCACCACCACAGAAACAACCACCUCAGAGACGACGACACCUACCACCACCACAGUAACGACGACACCUACCACCACCACCACCACCACCGAAACAACUACCCCAGAGACGACGACACCUACCACCACAACAACUACCCCCGGGACGAUGACACCUACCACCACCACAGUAACGACAACACCUACCACCACCGAAACAACUACCCCAGGAACGACGACACCUACCACCACCAUAGUAACGACAACACCUACCACCACCACAGUAACGACAACACCUACCACCACCACCGAAACAACUACCCCAGGAACGACGACCCGACCACCCCCCCCCACCACCACCGAAACAACUACCCCAGUGACGACGACACCUACCACCACAACAACUACCCCAGGGACGACGACACCUACCACCACCACAGUAACAACAACACCUACCACCACCACCGAAACAACUACCCCAGGAACGACGACACCUACCACCACCACAGUAACGACAACACCUACCACCACCACCGAAACAACUACCCCAGGAACGACGACACCUACCACCACCACAGUAACGACAACACCUACCACCACCACAGUAACGACAACACCUACCACCAUCACCGAAACAACUACCCCAGGAACGACAACACCUACCACCCCCACCACCAUCACCGAAACAACUACCCCAGUGACGAUGACACCUACCACCACCACAGUAACAACAACACCUACCACCACCACCACCGAAACAACUACCCCAGCGACGACGACACCUAACACCCCCACCACUACCACCGAAACAACUACCCCCACGACGACGACACCUACCACCACCACCAAAACAACUACCCCCACGACGACGACACCCACCAGCACUGAAACAACUACCCCCACGACGACGACACCCACCACCACCGAAACAACUACCCCAGUGACAACAACACCUACCACCACCACCACCACCGAAACAACUACCCCAGUGACAACAACACCUACCACCACCACAGUAACGACAACACCUACCACCACCACCACCACCGAAACAACUACCCCAGUGACGACAACACCUACCACCACCACCACCACCACCGAAACAACUACCCCAGCGACGACAACACCUACCACCACCACGGAAACAACCACCUCAGAGACGACGACACCUACCACCACCACCACCUCAGAGACAACGACACCUACCACCACCACCACCACCACCGAAACAACCACCUCAGAGACGACGACACCUACCACCACCACCGAAACAACCACCUCAGAGACGACGACACCUACCACCACCACCGAGACAACGACACCUACCACCACCACCACCACCACCGAAACAACCACCUCAGAGACAACGACACCUACCACCACCACCGAAACAACCACCUCAGAGACAACACCUACCACCACCACCACCACCACCGAAACAACUACCCCAGUGACAACACCUACCACCACCACCACCACCACCGAAACAACUACCCCAGCGACGACGACACCUACCACACCCCCCACCACCACCGAAACAACUACCCCAGCGACGACGACACCCACCACCACCGAAACAACUACCCCAGUGACAACAACACCUACCACCACCACCACCACGGAAACAACCACCUCAGAGACAACAACACCUACCACCACCACCACCACCACCGAAACAACGACCCCAGUGACAACAACACCUACCACCACCACAGUAACAACAACACCUACCACCACCACCACCACCGAAACAACUACCCCAGUGACGACAACACCUACCACCACCACCACCACCACCGAAACAACUACCCCAGUGACGACAACACCUACCACCACCACCACCACCACCGAAACAACUACCCCAGUGACGACAACACCUACCACCACCACCACCACCACUGAAACAACCACCUCAGAGACGACGACACCCACCAGCACUGAAACAACUACCCCCACGACGACGACACCCACCACCACCGAAACAACUACCCCAGUGACAACAACACCUACCACCACCACCACCACCGAAACAACUACCCCAGUGACGACAACACCUACCACCACCACCACCGAAACAACUACCCCAGUGACAACAACACCUACCACCACCACAGUAACGACAACACCUACCACCACCACCACCACCGAAACAACUACCCCAGUGACGACAACACCUACCACCACCACCACCACCACCGAAACAACUACCCCAGCGACGACAACACCUACCACCACCACCGAAACAACUACCCCAGCGACGACAACACCUACCACCACCACCAUUACAGAGACAACGACACCUACCACCACCACCACCACCACUGAAACAACUACCCCAGAGACGACGACACCUACCACCACCACCACAGUAACGGCAACACCUACCACCACCACAGAAACAAGUACCACCACAAACAUACCCGGAUGUUUGUUACCUAAUAAUACUAUCAUUCCACCAGGUGAAAGCUACUGGCCAUGUAACUGCACCAAGGCAAUAUGCAUUUCCAACAACACAUGGUACCUGGUUACGACUGAAUGUGAACUUCCUCCUAAGCCCAGUUGUACCAAUGGGCUCUCUCCUGUGCUGGUGCAGGGUGAAUGCUGUCCGCAGUGGCAGUGUGACUGCUAUUGCACUGGUUGGGGAGACCCACAUUAUGUGACAUUUGAUGGACAGUACUAUAGCUACCAAGGGAAUUGUACGUAUGUCCUGGUGGAAGAGAUUAACAAAAAGAUUGACAACUUUGGAGUCUACAUUGACAAUUAUCACUGCGAUGCACGGGACAGAGUGUCCUGUCCACGCACACUCAUCGUGAGACACGAGACCCAGGAAGUGCGCAUAAAGACUCUCAGAAUGUUUCCUUUCCAAAUACAGGUGACGGUAAACAAUAAGGAAGUGGCUACACCUUACGAAAAAUACGGCGUGAGAGUCUUUAAGUCAGGCAUAAAUCAUGUAGUGGACAUUUCUAGACUUGGGGUAAACGUAACCUACAAUGGAUUGGCUUUCUCAAUUAGAUUGCCCUACCAGAGGUUUGGCAACAACACCCAAGGACAGUGCGGCACUUGUACCAACAACACAGCAGAUGACUGCAUGUUACCAGGUGGAGAGAUCAUAAAUAACUGUGAAACCAUGGCAGAUCAUUGGGUGAUUAAUGACACUGAAAAGCCACACUGCUUUCCAUCCCCACCUACAACGGCACCUUCUAUCACCCCACCACCCUGCAAACCAUCUGAUCUCUGCAAGCUCAUUAAAGAAGGCCCGUUCAAAGCAUGCCAUCCCUUUGUCAACCCUGACCACUUCUAUGCAGCCUGCGUUUUUGACAGUUGUGCUGUUCCCAAUUCUAAAUUGGAGUGUGCAAGUUUGCAAAGCUACGCUGCCGUCUGCGCUGACCAGGGUGUCUGUGUUGAUUGGAGAGGACAUACCCAUGAUACCUGCCCUCUUGAGUGCCCAUCACACAAAGUAUACAAAGCAUGUGGUCCUAUUGAAGAGGUGACCUGCAAGUCAAGCCAAGUUGCACAAAAUCAAACCAGUCACGUGGAAGGCUGCUUCUGUCCUGAGGGAACAAUACCUUAUGGUGAUGGUGUGGAUGUCUGUGUAAAAAUCUGUGGGUGUGUUGGACCAGAUAAUGAACCUAGAGAGUUUGGGGAAAGGUUUGAGUCUGACUGUAAGAAUUGCAUUUGCCUGGAGGGUGGAAGUGGCAUUGUCUGUGAGCCCCUCAAAUGUUCAGAGCAAGAGGAUAAACCAAGCUGCAGUGACGAAGGCUUUUACGAGGUCACUGAAGUCAAUCCUGCCAACAUCUGCUGCAACAUAACUUCCUGCAGAUGCAAUGUGACCUUUUGCACAACCAUCCCUCCUAAAUGUAAACUGGGUUACGAACUUGUUGGCGAUAUUCCCCCUGGCAAGUGCUGUCCUACAUAUGAGUGCGUUCCCAAGAAGGUUUGUGUGCUUCAGAAUGCUGAGUACUUGCCUGGUUCCCCAGUCCUUGCUGAUAAGUGCCACACUUGUGUCUGCACUGACAAAUCGAACAGUAGUGGUCUGAAUGUCAUCUCAUGCAAGCACAUUCCGUGCAUUAAAGUGUGCCAGCCAGGAUAUGAACUUAAAGAUGUGAAAGGGGAAUGCUGUCCAAAAUGCGUGCAGACCAAGUGUGUUGUAAAUAAGGAUGACAACACUGUCCUCAUCUUGAAUCCUGGUGAAAUGGAAAACGAUCCAAAAAACAACUGCACCGUUUAUAGCUGUGUGUCGAUCAAAGGUCAGCUCAUCUCCUCCACCUCAGAGAUUACCUGCCCAUCGUUCAAUGAGGAGAAUUGUAAAGCUGGCACUGUUACGCUGCUGCCUAAUGGUUGCUGUAAAACAUGCAUACCUCUUGAAAGCCCAUCACCGUGUUCUGUCACCCAAAUCUGGGACCAUAUCACCCAUAAGGGCUGCCGUUCUGUGGACAAAGUCUACCUGACUCAAUGUGAAGGAUCAUGUGGAACCUUCUCAAUAUACUCUGCUGAGGCCAACUCCAUGGAGCACAAGUGUUCCUGCUGCAGGGAGGCAGCGACUAGCAAGAAGCAAGUUCUACUGCAAUGCCCCAAUGGGAAAUCUGUGAUGCACCGCUACCUGCAUGUGGACCGUUGUGAAUGUCUUGACACUAAGUGCACAGAAUCCAACUCCUCAGAAAAUUCCAAGAGCAACGAACAGUCCAAGGAAAGUGAAGAAAAGAGUACCAUCCAACGUGUCAAGCGGGCCAUUCAGAAAAUACUGAAAUGAAGGGGAGAAAAGUCAUGGCGCACAAAAAGUACUAGGAGGGUCUAUGCACCAGUCUCAUCUUCCAAGAGUAAAUCAAUGCUUUGCCUUUUCUGACUUCCUCCUCUUCUGUGCCCUCUCUGACCAUUUGUAACUGUGCUCUAUUUAUUUGUGUACAAAAGAGACAGAGUCUCUUUUGUUU